AUGAUAGUUUUCUUUGGAAUUGAUGAUUGGUUGACAUCAUCUGGACGAACUUGCAAUGUCAGCAUGAAGGUUUGAAUCAAAGAUCACUAUUACCACUAAAAACUUCUUUUUUUUCCAGAAAUCCAUACUGUGUGCUGUGCUCUUUUUGCUACUGUUCGCCGCUGGAAUCAUGCAGUUCUUCUUCAUUGAUCAUUUCAAGUUGGUCGUACCUUCAGUUGGUGAGUCCUCCGGAGCAAAACAAAACAAACAAAGGCAAUUUCUGUGGCUUCAGGUCACGCAAUCCUCUUCCUCUUCGAAAUGAUCUGCUUCCUUGUCCUCAUUAAUGCUAUUUUUAACGAGCGACCUCUUCUUUUCCUUCCCUUCGUCAUCACGGAGCUUGUCCGAUGUGUUUGUCUCGUCGUCGUCAUCGGAUUGUAUAUUGUCAAAAUGUUCCAAGUCCAGGGACGCGAGGACGAGAGGUAUUUACCUUAAAAUAUCAAUUGAUACCUAAGUGCUUGGUUUCAGACCGAACAUUGUCCUCCCAGCCCUUCAUUACGACAACGAGCACAAAACUGGUGAGCUUGAGGCUAUUUUGUUUGGAAACAAUUCAUUUUUUCAGUCCGCCAAAUGGUGAAACUGGUCCUUCAUCUGAUAUUUGUCUUUUUCGCUCAUCUCAUGUUGGCUGGAAUUGCAUACCGCUGUUAUCAGGUUCGCGAUGCUACUAGUCCCUUCUAGGAAGAAAAAACCUAUGUACUGACGAAAAGAUGACAAUUUGAUGAACACUGUGCUUAUCAGUCAAUUUUCCUGUCCUUUGACCAGUCAAACGACUUCAUUCAUCAUUCUCAAUUUUCCAGAUUUACUCGUGGGGCAACCGCCGGAACCGGAUGAAUCCUGGAGACUACCGUGCAACCCAACAGAUGCACUCGGUGAUCGUUCUCGAGCAACCCAUCGAACAGGCAAUGUACGGAAAGAAACCGGUCAACUAA